GUGAAACAAGUACUUUGAAUUGAACUACCUUCUUCUCAUAAGUUUAAUCAAUAUUCAUUACAUACGGUACGUUCGUAAGCCCAUUGAUCAUAAAAGAAAAGAAGAAAAUUGUUUCUGUUCUCUUUUUAAAUCGUAGACAUCAAUGAGUGUGUACCUAAUCCAUGCCAGAACGGAGCCACAUGUGUGGAUCAAGUCGGAAGUCAUCGUUGUGAUUGUUUGACAGGAUACACUGGAAGCAACUGUGAAACAAGUAAGUUGAACAUACCCCCCUCUUCUCAUGGUUUAAUUAUAUUCACACACUAUAUGUUAGUUAUACCAUUGAUCAUAGAAGAAAAGAAGAAAAUUGUUUCUGUUCUCUUUUUAAAUCGUAGACAUCAAUGAGUGUGUACCUAAUCCAUGCCAGAACGGAGCCACAUGUGUGGAUCAAGUCGGAAGUCAUCGUUGUGAUUGUUUGACAGGAUACACUGGAAGCAACUGUGAAACAAGUACAUUCUAUACCUUCUUCUCUUGGUUUAAUUAUCUUCACAAGUGUUAUUUAUCCCAUUUAUCAUAAAACGAAAUUGUUUCUGUUCCUUUUUUAAAUCGUAGAUAUCGACGACUGUGCGCCUACUCCGUGUAAAAAUGGAGCCACGUGUGUGGAUCUUGUUGGAAGUUAUCGCUGCAAUUGUCCAUCUGGAUACACUGGAAGCACCUGCGAGACAAGUGAGUUGAACUUAAAGCAAGUCGUUUAACAGUAUAACCUUUCAAACUUUUCAAGCAGAUUAUGAACUGAACAGGUUUAUGGAAUAAAUGUGUUUUUCGAUUAAUAGGUGUAAACACGUGCGUACCAGAUCCCUGCUUAAACGGAGGCACGUGUGUGGAUCUUGGUGGAAGUUAUCGAUGUGAUUGCGUGGACGGAUUUUCCGGAGUAAAUUGCGAAGGUAAACCUAAUGGAAAGCGAAUGGUUUUCUGCAGAUUGGUGAUUAACAUUUCAACCCCGAAUUAAAUUAUCUGACUGAUUGGCCAUUGGUGAGACAACACUUAACAAUGAUUGAGUCCUGCCUCAAUUUGUAUUAUGGGAGUGGCUUUGGAAGGCUAUGGCUUCUUCUCUUGGCUCGUACGAAUUUGCGUAGAAAAAAGGUUCAAAAUUCGUCUUUCAAAAGAUUCCUUUAGUGCAAUAAUCGACACCAGAUCGGCCCGAUCUAUCACGUGACCUUUAAAUUCCAGUAUGGGCUCCUGCCAAUAUCCCCACCCGCACCCCCACCCCUCGCCUCUCGACUCGACUUUAAGAUGAUUUUAGAGGCUAAACUUAGUUUGUAGUUUGUUUUUAAGAUACCAGGAGUAUAAAAGAAGCAACCUUUACCUCAACUGCAGUUGUAAAGGCCGCUCAGCAGUUUAUUACAAAUGGCCGGACGUAACCAUAGAAAACAAAGGAACAAAUUGUUUUACUUUCAUAUAUGAGAAUUUAGCGUUAACUCUUAAACUCGGUCAAUUUGUUUUGAAGAUUCAGCUGAUUGCAAAUAAUAAUAAUAAAAAAAGAACUUAAUGGUGUGUUUCAGUCCCUCAAAAACGAGAAACUGGGCUCGGUUUCUUUUAAAAAAUAAAAUCCCUUCCUUUUCACUUUGCAGAAGCAGAUGAAUGUAAGGACUACUGAUCACCUGGCAAAAGCUGACGAAAGGUAGUUGUCCAUCAGUAGAAAAAUGUUAUUUACUUAGGCUCUAUCUAAACUAUUGUAGAUCAGACUAAUUGCCGUUGGGAAAUAUCAAGGUUGCUAGGGAGACGGAGGGAGAUCACCUUCUGUACUUUAAGACCACAUGAAGUAAACUAUUACUGACAUUACUGACUCAGACUAUUAUUCAGUCAAUGAGCACUCCACAUUACACACAAUAAUGUUCAAUUUACAUAAAACUUCAUGUAGACAGAGCUGCUUGCGUUUAGGCAAGGAUUAGAGGUAGGAGACACUUUGUGAUAUGUAUCAUUAGGAACAUGAAGCUCUGGCCAUACUAAAUGUUUUUAAUUAUCUCUAUCGCAGGGCUGAUCAUUUAUCAUUUCCAGUGUGCAAGAGGAAA